AUGGCGGCUUCAGCAGACCUUCGAGGCAUUCCGCUGGACGAGUAUACUAGGCAGUGCCCGCCAGGAUGGCGGCCAUAUGUUCGCAGUUAUUCGCUGAUCACCUACGAGGAGAAGUUGCGGCUCUGGAUGAGAAUGACAGACAUCCCUGGCGACUGCCAGGGCAGCGUGGUUGUUGGCAGACUGAAGGGCUCGGCUUAUCGCAUCGCGAUGAAGAUACGGCUCAGGCGCCAGGACGGCAGCAUGCUCUACCAGGACGAGGCGGUGAAUGCGCUGGCGGAACCUGAGGAUCUCAAUGCUGGCCUAUCGGCCACACCUUCAGGACUGCAGCAGAUAUUAGCGGAUCUCAGAACGGCAUUCGGCGACGACAGUCAAGACUUGCAGGCGUUCCACCUUGACAGAUUCUUCGACCUACAUCGUGGUUCGCACUCGCUCUUGGACUAUCUAACGGCUUUCAAGUUACGAUAUGAGGCAGCAGAAGAGCACGCGACGCUGAACAUCAACCAAGUCGGUUUGACACACCUCUUGCUCGCCAAGGCUGGACUGGCUCCGAGAUUCAUAGACGACCUGAUGCUCAAAGUAGACGGCGACAGGAGCCAGUUCACUGAUAUUUACAAGCUGUUGAUGAAGUUCCGCAAAGGACAGAAGGAGAUCGGCGACGGCGACACGCAGGGAUCAAGCUCUGGAUGUGACAAGUGCGGCAGCCGGUGGCACAGCGUGAAGGAUUGCCCGGUCAACAAAGCUUCCAGCAGAAAAGGUUUUCUGGUCGGACUCGGCACCAACACCGCGAAGGACACGACGGCGACAGACAUCGCGGCGCCACCUCCUUCGACACCUUCGGACGGCUUCGACAGCAUAGCCCGACAUCCAGGAGCAGUGGCAGAACAACGAUACUCGACGGCAAUCAGGAAAGAAGAAGCGAGAAUCGAGGAGGAGACUCACGGCAUGGCCACUGAAGAGGACAUCGCAGGCUAUGACGGCAAGGCCUCGGACGCUCACACCACAAUCUCGGACGACAAGUCCACGCAGGAGCGCAUCUUCGACUUCGGCGAGGCGACGGUCUCGAAGUUCUUUCGGAACGAGAAGAAGCAUGCUAUGUUCGGGCUGGGCCUACCUACUCAGCAGCAGUACCCAGAUCUACCCGCAGCACGAUCGACCAGCAGAGCAGAAGCAAGCUCAAGCUCGAUCGACAAAAAGAAUUCAGCGUUUGUCCUCAGCAUCUUCCGCGAGCGCGAGGACACCUUCGAGGCGUACCAUCUUGUCAGAGGUCGACAGCGCAAAGGAUUCAUCAUCGACCCUGGAGCGGCUUCUGGCAUCUGCGGCACAGAUACGUUGCUGCAGCACAAUGGCAAGGACACUCAGAACUACAAGAUCACCCCAGGAUCAGGCAGCUUCGCGGGCAUCAAUGGCAGACCCACUUCUGGACUGGGACAUGUGGCACAGAAGGCUCGGUGCUCUCGUCUCGAGUUGGUCUGGCACGGCGACCUCAUCGGCGAGAGCGGCUCCAACUGCCCGUUCCUGCUGCCGCUGCCUCUUCUGGUUCACUACAGAGCUCUACUCGUGCAUGGACUCACAGAUGACGGCAAUGGAGCUCUUGCGCUGGCCUCUGACAGCGACCCGUCGGGCGUGCAUGUGGUCAGGGUCCUUCUCACGGACAGCAGCCGCCACCUGUUGCCGACGGGCGAUCCCGAAGGUCAGCAGCGCGAGGAACCAGCAGUUUCAGCUCAAGUGGUCGAGGUGCUGAUGCACACAGUGAAGAACAUCAACGCCAAUAUUCUCAAGGCAGAUACUGCGGCAUUUGUUUCCUCUUGCACCCAGGAGGACCAGAGUUCAACUCCGCAGAAGACACACCUCAUGGCAUCAACAUCCUCGGCACCAAGGGACGGCAGCACUACCGGACAAGAAGCGCCAGUGGACAGUGCACCUACCAGGGCAGCGAUAUUCACUGGCACAGCUGAACACCACGGCAUGCUUCGGCACUGGGGCGGUCAGGCUUACGUGGAGGACAGCUUCCCAGAUUACCUCUCCAGCGAGCACGUGGCGUGGCUGAAGCAGAGAUAUAAGGACAUCCCAGAGGAGUUCUACACCAAGACAGGCUACGAGCAUCGGAAGCUGGUGAGCAAGGUCCAGACCGUCUUCAAGCCCAUAGUCAAGCUCUCAUCUCCAGAUUGCAGGCUAUGGACAGCCACGAGCAACAUGCGAGGAGCUGGAGUUGCAGCAGCCGAACGACAAGCAGAGUUUCCUAUGUUGGAGUGGCUUUAUCACGACAACGUCGUUCAAGAUCAAGACGGACAUGGCUACAUCAACGAGAACGGCUUGCGCUCCCAGCUCUGGACACAGUCACCGCUGAAGCAGAAUCAGGACAUCGUCAGCAAUAGGACUCGGCGAGUCGAUGGAUGUGCUCACGGCUGCAUGAACACUAACAACGAACCGCUGGAGAAGCCCUACAGGCUCGACGCCAACAUACAGCUGAAGAAGACCAUCCGACGAUGCCCUGGUCAUGGAGUUCAACGACAUGCAGUUAUCGAGGGCUCAGUACCAGGCACGAGCUCCAAGACUGCAGCUCUUACUACGGUAUACACUCGCACGAUGUGCCGGGCACUCAUCAGCGACAUCACUUCCUUCGCGCGCAAGUUCACCUGCGCUCUGAUGCUGGCGACGCUCGUGUACAGCAACAUCGACAUGCAUCACGGAGCCAACGGCACUGUCAAGAUGAAGCUGGCCUACGACCGGCUACGGCGAGUCAAGGUAGACGACUUCACCAUGAACAUUCACGAGCAGCUGAAGAACUUGGAUCAGAUAUGGUUGGCUCGUAUUCUUGCAGACCUGGCAGGACAGCACACAGGAAUACUCACAGCACCCAAUACUCAGCAGCAGCUCGACCUGGGCGACAACACCGACGGCACCGCUCAAAUUUUGGUCGAGCUCCUGAGACCACUGAUGGACGUCGACUCACUGCACAUCACCUUUCAGCCGAACAGCUUGGAGACAUCCAACACCACCUCGAUAGAUGACAGCCCGUUUCGAGUUACCUUCCUCGGCGCAGAUAUCGACAAGUGGGAAUCUUCGGCAUUAGAACGACUAGACGGACUCACUCCAGCACAGCAGCAUCACGGCAUUCGAGGACACAAGUGGCUUAUCGUGGCUCAAGGUCAUGCACCACCACCUACAAUGGAGGAAGACGCUGAGCGGAGGAUCCUACCGAGGCUCAAGCUCAUCACCACAGCUCCGAGCUUCGACUUCACCAAGUUGAGGCAACAGCUGAAGGAGACGGAGUCCGACGCCGAACGAUUCCGCCUGCUGAAGGGUCUUCAUGAACGACUUUGGCACGAGCAGCUACCAGGCAUGGAGAAGUUUCUCAGGCGGCUCGGGGUACCGGACAAGUGUCUGGAGCUGGCCAAGCAGGUCAUUGCGGCAUGUGAGGAGUGCAACGACUGGGCACCCAUAGCGACCAAGCCCAGGUAUCGAGCAGAGUUGGCAGGUUGGUUCGGCGAAGUCAUGGUGUGCGACCUCUUCUUCAUAUUUGGUAAGACCUUCCUGCUCAUGGUCGACGAGGCGAUCAGAUGGAAGUUGGCCGAAGUACUACCCAAGAAGGACGCGUUCCACAUAGCCCAGGCAAUGCUACGAGCUUGGUUUCGAUACUUCGGACCUCCUAAGUGCAUCAAGUUCGAUCAAGAAGGCGGCGUUCGCUCAGACGAUUUUGCAGUGGUGUGCGACCGCUACAGCAUACACAGACAGCUGGGCGGCUCGGAUGAUUCAGGCAAGCACACAGUCACGGGGCUUGCAGAACGACACAUCGGCCUCAUCAAGACAUCGUCGUUGAAGUGCAAGACCAGUGCGGCCAAGCAAGGUCUCGUGGUUCCCGACGAGGACAUAGUGUUCGAGUGUACGAUGUGCCAGAAUUUUAUGCUUGAGUACGGCGGAUACACACCAUCUCAGUGCUUGCAAGGACAGAAUCCUCGUGGCUUCUUUGAUCACGGCUCCAACUCCACUCUUGCCAUCGACGGCGCGCGCGACACGACGCCAGACACCUUCGAGUCCUACCUCGGGCUCAGGAUGAUGGCCAAGGCGGCAGUUCAGAAGGCAGUCAUCGAGCAGCGCAUCGCAGGGGCUAACAACACCAAGGUGCAGAUCCUUUCAGACGUGGCCAAGCUACGACCCUUGCAAGACCUCGUCGAUCUGCACCGAGUUCCUGAUCGCAAGGACGCGCCCGGGUGGAGAGGACCGUGCGACCUACUGGACAUCAACCUGAAGGAGAACGUGGCGAUCGUCAAACACCAGUCCAUGCCAUACAUCGUUCCGCUCAGGCAUGUGCGACCACAUCAGGCACGAUCGUAUGCGGUCACAGUGGCGUGCCCACCGACUCACAUGCUGAUGGACGGAGAAGGCAGAUGGCAGGACAACAUGCAUGACGAUAUGUACACGACAUUGCACAGCUUACUUGACAUCGUUGACGGCCAGGCACCAGGCACCGCGAUCACGGUUGGAAUGGUUCACGACGCCAACGGUAUGCAUAUUGUUGUGCCGAACGACUUCGAGAUCAACACUCCCGAGGUCUUUCGUCUGGCAGCUCAAGUAGGCGAGGUUCUGCUACAGCUGGCGGCUCCAAGGGCCAUCAGGUUCGGCACGCAACUGCACAACAUCAACACCUAUCACGGCAUCAAUCGAGGAGUUAUCCUAGCAUGGGUUCGACGAGAUCGACUCAGCUACCAAGUACGACAAGUGGACCUGGGACAUACUCUGCGGCUGGCGACUAUCUUGCCAGACACGCCGAGCAACUACUCGUUCAUCAUCUAUGUCUCAGAGCAGUACGAGGACACGGUUGUUCAGGACGCAGUACCAGAUCUUUCGGACAUCUCGAGCAUUGAGCGGAUAGACGACGCGCCCUGGACACCUCCUACGCAGUUUUUGCCAUCACCGACUCCGACGGAGUGGUGGAAGCCUCCAGGCUACGACGACACGGUCAUGGAAGUCGACCUGUGCCAGACGGUGGACAAUAGCGAGCUGUGGUGGCAGAUCACGAUAUCAGCAUAUCUGAUGAAGAGUUUGUUCCGCGACGACCAGCACCAAGUGAAGGCACCGACCCAGUCGAUGACCAUGAUCGGAGCAGGUCUCGCAGGCUCGACACGGACACGAAUCAAGCACAGGAUGCAGCGGAACAACCUACUAUUGAAUAUCCAGCUCCACCAGAGCAAGUACAAGAAGCAGUUGAUCAACCUGCAAUUGAGUAUCCAUCUCACCCUGAUCAAGCAGCUGAAGCUGCAGAGCCGACUCUGGAGUAUCCUCAGCACGACGACGAGCGGUCCAGAGUUGAUUGAGCACCAGCAGUACUUCACCAAGCGCAUCGACUUGGUUCCCGAGCUCAAGGACUGCGGGGGCGAGUACCACAAGUCUAUGACGGAGCAGCAGGCACUCAUAGCUGAACAAUUCUACUCAGACGUCGAGGGUUUCAAUCUCACUGAUGGCGACGAACUACCAAGCAGCUGGACACGCAGCCAAGCUUACAUAUCCUUUGAUGGACCUUUCCUCGAGGAUCAUUGCUUUUAUCUCGACAUCCUCACUGGCGAGUGUUUCGCAUCGGCUUCGGACUCGCUCAUCCUGAAGCCUAGCGACGUGGUGGAACACUUUGACCUGGUCGAAGCAGCAGACCUCAAGGAGAUCAAGCAGUUCGUCGAGGCGACUGUGUGGAAACCGAUACCCAUGAGCAAGUGCAAGCAGGAUCCAGUUGAUUGCGUCUGGGUCCGCAAGUGGAAGCAGAUCAAGGUGGUCAUGCAGAUCUUCAUGAUAGAGACGCUUGGCGACAGACCCUCGGCUUUCGACGACUGUUUUUACUUCUGGAUGGAACCCCCAGGAGAACUCAAGGCAAUUGCGACCUCCUAUGUUGACGACAACAACAACGCGAGCAGCAACGAGUGGCUCAACAAGUCCUACAGCAAGUUCUCGGAUAGAUUCGGAGGAGCUACUAGACAGCAACCACCUAUGAACCACGUGGGAGUCAGACAUGAGCAGACCGACUUCGGCAUUCGAAUGUCUCAGGACGAGUUCUGUCAGAUCCUCCAGCCAGUCCCUCUCGGCAAGCUUCGAGCAGCUCAGGACGACUCUCCACUUACUUCCACGGAGCUCAAGGCAUUUCGCGGACUCCUGGGCGGGUUGCUGUGGUUAUGUCAGACACGACUGGACGCGAUUGCAGAUACGGUCAUUAUCCAGCAGAAUACGGCAUCAGCAACGAUCAAGCACAUCAAGAUGGCCAACGCUCUAUUAGCUCGUGUGAAGAAGUACUCGUCAAACGUGGGGCUCUACUUUCCGAAGAUCUCUCCACCAUUCGUGAUAGACACGGUGGCAGAUUCGAGUGGAGCUACCUCAGGAAGCUCCUACGCCCAAGAGGCAGUACUUAUCUUGUUGGGCUCGGACAAGCGCGUGCAGGUUGUGCCGACGACGUCGAUUCACUACCAGCAGGUGUGCGGCUCCAAGCAGCAGCUCAGCAAGUUCUGCCGCAUCAUAGCUUCGCUAUCUCAUAAGGCCAAGAGAGUUUCAGGCAGCACGUCACGGGCUGAGACGUUGGCAGGUGUAGUUGGCAAAGAGUUGGCACAGAUGAUUGCUAUGCGACUGACGGAGUUAUUUGCUCCGGGCAUCCAACUUCCUCUACAUGAAGGCAGCACGAUGGCGCAGCUGAUUCAGAUCCAGGAUCACGCUGAGUUCAUGAUACCUAUCGACCACUGGACAGAUUGCAGAGAUUUCUUCGAGCUCAGCGUCGGCCCCAAGGGCGUACCUCAAGAUCGACAUCAACGACUAUACGUGCUAUCAGUACGAGAAGAUCGGCUUCGUGGUUAUAUCAGGCGUUUCUUUUGGUGUCCUACCUCGGCCAUGGCUGCAGAUGGACUGACAAAGAGUAUGAUAUCGGAGAUCCUCUACGAUCUGUUGACCUACGGCUACUGGCGUGUGGAGACCAAGGGCAUCGAGUGCCUAGUGGCAACCAUCGAUGCUCCAGCAGUGACGGUGACCGAGAGCGACCUGAUCAGCAUGGCAGUCUACGGCAUCGUCCGGCACGGUGGCGGCACGGUAUCGUCCGGCAUGCGCGCAGUCAUGUGGGGCUUGCAGCCUGCGCUGCUGGCAGCGGCCGUCGUCGCCGACCUGUCACUUGGUGUGCUGGGAGCAAGGCCCCAGCUGCACGAGGAGUCCUUGGCGCUCCAUGCCUCUCCGGAUCCGCACGCGCAGGCGCGGGCCCAGAAAGACACCCCCGCGGACACCGUCACCACCACCGCGGCGGCCGCCGCCGCCAGGGCGGACGGGAGGGCCGGCACCGCCAUCGCCGCCGGCCUGGAAGGUCAAGACGCCACCGCCGCCGACGCAGCCACCAGAGCAGAGACCACCACCACAGGCGUCGCCACGGACGCCUCCACCGCAGCCGCCGGCGCGGAGAGGGCCGCUGCCGCGUGCGCCGACGAAGCCGCCGUCGUCGGAGGCGGUGGCGACGGCAAAGCCGAGUGCACAGAGGACAUGUCCAUCAAGCAGCUAAAUGACGCCCUUCAGGUCCCCCUCCUCCGCCUCGACUGCAACAGGACUCGAAGCGCGUGCGCUGAAGCCAUCGGCACGUGCCUCCGCAAGAACGAGAAGCGCCUCGAUCAGCUCCCCCCCGAGACGUUGCAUGCAGUAGUGAGCGGCGUAAUAAAACACCUUCCCGAUCAAAAUUUGACAGUCCGGCACGUGUUCGCCUCGAGUCUCAACAUUACAGCCCCUCUUGUUGCUACGCAUCUUGCGCCGUUAAGAGCCAAUUUAAUCGAUGCCUUGGAGAUGCGACUGAAGGAUGAGUCUGAUGAGAAGACCAAACAAGAACUCCACGAUGCUUUUAAGAACGUACAGACAGGCAUCGGAAGGCGGCGUGACCUCCUUAGGCAGAUGCAGGAGCGUCUCACGAAGGAGGUUGGUAGCCAAGUGACUGUCAACGAUGACGACCUGGUGUGCGUGCCUCGCAGCGUCAUGUUGCUUGCCGAGAACGCAACCAGGGAUGGGAUAAAAGCACAUCGCUGUCCAAACCGGAAGGCGUGUGGCAAGAGCGGCACAGACCCUUGUUGGGAUUGGGCGUCCCUGCACCGCAACUCCACCCUAAACCAGGCGAUGUGCGCUGAGGGCUACAAUCAUACCGUUCCCGGGUGUGCCCAGUGUCUGCCAGGGUUCGGGCGCAGCCGCAUGGACCCAUUCAAGUGCGCCGAGUGCACAAGUCCUGCGUUCGUCUGGGGCAAGGAGAUAGCGGCUUCGGGAGCCGUGUUCGCCGCGAGCCUACAUUCGAUCAGCGCAGGCAGGCAGGACAAGCUGGGAAGACUUCUCAACAUCUUCAUGUCGUUUUCUUUCUCGGCCAUAACAGCGUCCACUUUGAUGCAAGACACGCGGGCGUACGGCAAGUUUAUCAGGCUUAUCAACAAAAGCCCCCGAGGGCAGUUGCCGCUCGAGUUGUUGGACGUGCCGCUGCUGGUCGCCUCGACUGGGACCGGUGGGCUCACCGACAGCGCCGAUUGUAUGGGUGUGAAUUUCAAGAACUCUUUCGCCAUGAGGAUUAUGAUGACCCUGCUGGAGAGCCUUGUCCCGAUGCUCCUCCUCUUGGCGGCGAUCGGCGCAACGCUGUUUCGGGGCGAUGGCGGGUCGCGCCGUGCCCAGGAUAGUCAAGCGGACGCAGAGCCCAUGGACGAUAUGGGCGACAGCGCGGGCGAGGGGACAAAUGAAGCGCUGGAAACGGACACAGAGCAAGACGUGAAAGAACCGGCAAAGGCGGACGGGAAGGCCAGGAUGCCCCAGGAGGCGUUGGUCUUGGGUACUGGCUACAGCGCGGGCGAGGGGACAAAUAAAGCGUUGGAAACAUACACAGAGGAAGACGUGAAAGAAUCGGCAAAGGUGGACGAGAAGGCCAGGAUGCCCCAGGAGGCGUUGGUCUCGGGUGGGCCAGGCACGUCGCAGGACGUUGACUUGCAUGACGUGGAGGUGCACCAUGAGAUGCCCGUCAAGAUCAUGCACAUCUCACUGGCUUUCACCAACGUCUUUCUACCUGGUCUGUUCGCGAGCGCCCUGCUGCAGUACCCUUGCUUUCACACGCAAAGGGUGCAUAAUGAUUUAAGAUGGUACGAGGAAUCGCGCCGCGCCUGGGAUACACGGGAGAAGUGUCCGAGAUUUUACAGUGUGCAGACUGUGACUUGCGCCGUUGUCACGUUUGUGGUUGGGCCUGUGAUGGGACCGGCGUAUUGGGCGUACUUGAUUGCAAACAUGGAGAAGUUGCCCCAUCAUUCGCUUGACUUCAUGGUUGCUCCUUACAAGCCAGACUGCAAGCCUUGGGAGAUCAUCGUCCUGAUGCGGAAGCUGGCUUUGGUGGCUUUGGCAGCCAUGGUGCCAGAGACUUACGCUUCCGCGAGCCACGUCACCUUUGCUGUGAUCAUCACGGGCACAGCGCUCGCGGCCCACUUGUACUGGCAGCCCUACAAGAGCAAAUUUCUCAACUGGGUCGAGGGCACCUCGCUGUUUGCCACGUUCAUUGCUAUGGCGCUGAUUGCCUACGUUGUUUCUGCGGAGUGGAGCCAGACGUUAGUUCACGAGAUCUUUGUAGUCGUCCUCGUCUUGGCGCUACUACUUAUGACCCUUCUGCUGUUGCUAAGCCUCCUUGCCCAUGCGUGUUGUCAAAAGCUGUUUGCUUGGCUGAGCUCGAUGAGGAAUGACAUCGGCCUUGUCCCGUGCUACUGCGCCAUGUUUUCCGCUGUGCUCGUUCCUGCCCUCACCGCGGUGUUCGUUUACUCGCCCGUGGGGCAAGGGCCAGACAUAUACAACGGUAUAUUGAACGAUCGCUCAAACGCGCUCGCCAACUGCAUGGUGUUCAUUUUGGUUUGCUGGUUGAUGGUGAUGUUUGUUUUCGACAUGUUCGACAGCGACAUGUGGGGCCGUGGAGGCGAGGCAGUCGUCCAGUUCCUCAGUUUCUCGAUCCUCGUAGUGUUGAUCUUCUGUAGCGUCACUCUCAAAUCAGUGGAAUACCCAUGGGCGCCUCUCCUGAUGUGCAUGGUUGCCACGGUGUGCCUCCUCGCCUUCCUGCGCGCCCGCUGGAUGGCCUCUGCAGUGGGGCCACCGCACUUCUACUCGGCGGCGGCAAUCUGCUACAACAUAUGCGCGGCCCUGGCACUGGUGGUCUGGAUCGUCUGGAACGUGCAGUCGGACGGCCCACGGGCUCUCUGGUGGAGCGCGGGCGCCGAGCGCUGGCUGGCAGGCAGGUAUGCCUCGGUCUACCGGGCGCUGACCCCCGGCGAGCUGGCGUCGGAGGCGCGGCCGCAAGAGCUGCAGGACUACUGCCUCGACCAGGCGCUGCUGCACAGCAGCAUCGUGAACGCGAGCACCAAAGGCCUGGUCGCCAGCGCCUGCCGGGAGGCAUCCGCCGUCAUCUUCACCCAGUGGGCUGGUCCGUUCACGGUCUUCGCCUGCAACCUGCUCGGCGCGGGCGUCUGCGUGCUCUUCUCCGACGCCAUCGCGGAGAUCUCGGCGGCGUCCGAAAGCGUGGUAGCCCAAGACAGGACGAAGGCGCUCAUCAGGUUCGUGAAGCGCUUUCUGCUCACCAUCGUCUUCGCCGUGGCAGUAAUGUACACCUCGCUGUACGUGUCUGGCGUCGCUGUCAAGCUGGGCUCCGCAAUGCUGGCCUUUGCGUGUAUCGCCCUCGUAGUCAUGUUUCUGUGGCUGACCUGGGAGGUAGACACGCAGACCCUUAACGAGACGAUGGAGGAGCUGCCGCUCAUGAAACAUGCUAUGGACAUUCUGCAGUCCAAUUGGAUGAGGGCGAUUGUUGUUGGAGGCAUGGCCGGCAUGAUACCCUUUAUCGUGGCUUUGGAUAAGGUGCGCCAGCAGGUACGGAAGAGCAGCACAAACUAUUACAGCAGAGAGAGCUGGAGCGAGUUGAACAACGAUCAGCAUACGCCACCCUGCAGCAGGUUGCGCGAGUCUUUGGAGAAGUGGGACUGGACAGAUAUUUUGAGCAAGGUGUGUGCGUUGGCAGAGGGUGGCGGACUCGUCCUGCUCGCGGUCGGUUCGAAGGCAACUUUCAUCUUGUUCUCCUACCUGAACGGGAAAAUCGAGGCAGCGGGGCUUGGGAUAGGCACCAUCUCCGUGAUGCUGUGGGCCAUCGGGCUGCUGAUGUUCAUGAACCCCGUCGUCCCUGGGAGUGCGGUCUAUCUGUUCACCGGCGUCGUGCUCGGGGCCCAGUCACAGAGAGACGGCUCCGUCGGGAUCUGGGCGGGCCUGGCGCUGGCGUGCGUGGCGGGAAGCGGGGCGAAGCUUCUGGCGUGCCUGGGUCAGUAUUCGCUCGGCUACUUCAUGGGCAAGUCCGUGAAAGUGCAGAAUUUCGUCGGUGUGACCAAGGUGGGCGUUCUGGCGACGGAGGCGGUGCUCAAGGAGGAGGGCUUCAGGCUGUUCAAGGUCUGCAUAUUGGUGGCAGGCCCCGACUUCCCAACGAGCGUACUCUGCGGCAUACUUCAGCUGAACAUUCUCGAGAUGCUUCUUGGCACACUGCCGGUCAUCUUGGUGAGCAUCAUCCCACAGACCUUCGUGGGGGUUCUCCUGACCAAGGAGGGCGCCACCGAAGGAGUGUGGGCCCUCAUCGCCACUGGAGCCACUGGGCUGGCUGCUGCUUUCCAGGCAGGCGCCACCGUCGUCUUCGCGUACGGGGUGAUGCAGCGGGUCGAGCAGUCGGGGGAGCAGCUUCUGAAAGCGCAUCGGCCAGAGCACGACGAGGCACGGAAGCUGGCAGAGAGGGAAGCAGAGCGCGCGAAGAGAUAUGGCGAGAUAGCCGACUGGGGGCAGCUGGGCACGCCUGCGCGCGCGACGCUUCUUGGGGCCGUGGCGCUCUUUUGGCUCUCCGGCUGCAUCCUCGCCGUCGACACCAUGGCGACGGAGAAGAUUUGCUUCCGAGAGUUCUCCAUCACGGACCUCCGACAAGAUCAAGAGCAGCUACGACCUGGGCGGCCUAGACGGCAGCGUGCUCAACGUGGUCCUCGCGCCGAUGGGCUGGAUCGCGCUGGGCCUGGCGGCCGUGGCGGGCGCUUUGCACGUCGCGUUCGGGCAGUGGCUGGCAGCCGCCGCGCGAGCGGCGCUGUGAGUCACGGCCCUGGCACGGCCAGGCGCCGGAGAGAGCCGCCGGCUGAGCGUGCGGCCCUGCUCGGGCAAUGGAUAUCAAUUCGGUGGUCGAUGUCCUACUCGAGGGCCCUGCUCGUCCCUCGUCGCCGCCCUCCGCUGUCCUUGCCCUCCGCGCCCCGCCCCUGCUCGGAGCCUCGAGGAGGAGACAGCGGCGACGCUCCUGCCCGGCCCGGAUCUGCUCAAGGUCUGUGUCUGGACGGAGCCCUCUCCGCACAGACGUUACGGCACCGCGCCGCAAGAACAGCGCGGCGGAAGGUUCUUGCCCAUCUCCGGCCUCCGGGGGCCCUCGCGCCUGAACCCGGGACCAUCCAGAAGCGAAUCGGGAUGACAAACCCGCCCCGGGGAAAGGGUCGGACAACUUCCGGGAGCCCUGACGAACAACCCGCCCCGGGGAAGGGGCCCGAAGUUCCCAGAUCACGAGAUCCCGAAGAAGUCCGGUAG